GCAACCGAAACGUUGGGCUCCGCGGCGGUCGUAAGUCGAGGAUUCCCCGCGUCCAAGGAGGGCGGAAAGCGCUGCCCUCCUUUUCCGAGGCAGCGACGGGAGGCAAAGGGUUAAGUGGGCGUGGCUCCGGGGACCGGCGCUCCUCCUUCUCCAACCCGAUGGCCGCAACGUGGGCAGCUCCGUGCCCGGGGGGCGCCCGCGGGCCACCCCGAUGAUUCGGCAGCUUCCGGGCCGCUUUUGUGCAACGGCCCCGGCUCGUCGGGACCCUCCGCGGAUGACUCCCCGUCCGGGUCCGCAACUCCCCCGCUUCCUUGGCCGGCAAGAUCCGCCUCUGCGACUUGCAGCGGUGCAAGGCCGCCCCCUUCGGCUUUUCCUGCCUGCAAGCCCCCCCCGUCCCGCCCCGUGAAUCCCCCCGCCCCCGCUCACCCGGCUGCUAGGGCCGCCUUGAGCCCCGAGGGCUCCGCCGGGCGAGGAGAUGGCUAAGGAUCCACGGGGCCUUGUGCAGAUGACCCUCUUCUCCCAGAAAAAGUAUGGGGAGAGGACAACUUACCGCAUCCCGGCUCUGCUCUACCAGCCUUCGGAGUCCCUCUUCCUGGCCUUUGUGGAGCAACGCUCCUCGCCCCGGGACGAGGACGCCAGGUUCCUGAUGCUGAAACGCGGAUACAGAGAAGGUGUCUGCGUUAAGUGGGGCCAUCCCGUGCAGCUGAGGACAGCUGGAAUGCCCAACCAUCGCACCAUGAACCCUUGCCCGGUUUACGACAAGAACAACGACGUGAUAUUCCUCUUCUUCAUCUGCGUGAAGACCAGUGUUUCGGAACAAUGUCAGCUUUGGGGGCGGAGAAACGCCGUCCGACUGGGCUACAUCACCAGCCACGAUGGCAGCCGCAACUGGAGCACGAUGACCGAUCUGACCGAGGAGCUGAUGGGCGACGCUGAGGCGAGCAAGUGGGCUACCUUCGCGGUGGGACCAGGCCACGGGGUGCAGCGGAGUUCAGGAGACCUGGUGAUCCCAGCCUACGCCUACCACGUCUACAAGUCGUGCUUUGGCUUGUCCUUCCCGUGGUGGGUCAAGCCCCAUUGCUUCAGUUUCUACAGCAGCGACGGUGGGCAGACGUGGCGUCGGAGUGAGCUCCUCAAAUCCCUGAAGACCACCGAGUGCCAGGUGGCCGAGGUGACCUGUCAGGACAACAGGAAGGUGUUGUAUUGCAAUGCCCGAAGUUUGCACCAAUUCCGAGGUGUGGCCUACUGCACGGAGGAUGGACACCGCUUCGCGGAUUAUGCCCUCUGCACGCAGUUAAGCGAACAGCCCCUUGGGUGUCAAGGAAGCGUCGUGAGCUUCUUUCCCUCAGAUCAGGGCCAAAAGGAGGAUCCAGGUGGCUCAAGAUCUCCGAUGGAUGCGUCUCCAUCUUCUGCUUCACCCGGGCGUUCCAACCACACCUGGUUGAUGUUCUCCCAUCCCACCAGCAGGAAGAAGCGGGAGGAUCUGGGCAUCUACCUGAAUCCUUCUCCGAUGGAGCAGAGCAGCUGGUUGUCCCCUUGGAUCCUCCAUAAAGGACCCAGUGGCUACUCGGAUCUGGCUGUGUGUGACGACGGGGAAUCGCCCACGUUCGCUUGCAUAUUUGAGUGUGGAGAGUCCAAGGAGUACGAGGAGAUUGCGUUCUACAUCUUCACUCAGGAGGAGCUCAUGAAAAACGUGUUCCCCGUUAAGCCGCCGACAGCCAAACUUACUACCAAGCACUUGAAAGAAUCGUGGAAAACUGGGUGAGAUUUUACUUUCUCUCUACCCCAAGUAGUUUCCCUGUUGAAAAGGGAAACUGUUUUGAAAAUCGAUCCCCUUCUGAGGAGAGAGGGAAGGGAACGCCGUCACCCCACCCUAAAAUGGCGGCUUCUGCUUACCCAGAAGAAAUAAAGCUUUGAGAAAAAUUAACUUACCCCAACGGGAUAUCUGUCUGCUGUUUGGAAUUUGGGGACCCAAAAAGUUCCUGUUUCUCAUUGGAAUCUGCUACUUUGCCUUAUUUGUAAAAAGAACUUAAACCAAAAUGACUAGAGCAGUGGUUCUCAACCUGUGGGUCGGGACCCCAUUUGGGGUCGAACGACCAUUUCACGGGGGUCGCCAAACAACGUAGUCUGCCAU